GAAAGGCUUCCAAAUAGAAUAUUUAUCCAAAGUACCUGAAGUGAAGGACACAGUUCACAAACAUUCUCUUCUGCACCAUUUGUGUCACAUUGUCAUGGAGAAAUUCCCUGACUCGACUGAUCUCUACUCUGAAAUUGGUGCAGUCACAAGAGCAUCCAAAGUCGACUUCGAUGAGCUGGCUGCUAAUAUGAAUAAAAUGGAGCAGGAAUGUAAAAGCUCCUUUGAUCAUCUUAAGGUUAUCGCUAAACAUGAUGGCACCACUAAUAUGAAAGUCAAGAUUUCCGACUUCUUGGCUGACUGCGCCGAGCGCAUAAUAGUGCUGACGAAAGUGCACCGACGCGUGAUCAACCGCUACCACAAGUUCUGCCUGUGGCUGGGCAUCCCGCUGCACCGGAUCCACGCCACCAAGCCCAACGAGUUGUGUCGCAUCGUGUCCGAGUUCGCGCUCGAGUAUCGCACCACCCGCGAGCGAGUGCUGCAGCAGCUGCAGAAGAAGGCCAGCCACCGCGAGCGCAACAAGACUCGUGGCAAAAUGAUCACCGAGGUUGGAAAGUUCAGGAGUCAGGAAGAUCGUGCGGAUGCGGAACUGAGGCAGCUGCUCGGCACUGAACCAUCCAACAAGGACAACUCGUUGACCGGCUCUCUUCCAUGGAGGAGAACUCGAAGAGAUGAAGGACGAACCGUCCUGGGACCCCUGACGAGAGAAGACUGCGUGAAUGGCAGCCUGACAGAUGCUGACGACGAGAUCCUGGAAACGCUGGUGAAGACCGCCACCAAGGCUCCCACCUCGCGAAGCACACCCAGGGAACGCAAGCGAACGCGAAACGCCGACCGCAAAUCACUGAUUAAGCGGUCGAGGACAAGAGAAAAUAUACAAGAAGCGAAUAUAAGUGAGCCGGCCUGAGUAUCGUAUUUUAAGUGUCCGACGAACUUUACGCAAUGGACUUUCAGAGGAAGAAAGAAAACAUCUUGCUGCUUUCAUCGAAGGCUAUUGAUCUGCCUAAAAAAUUAAAGUUUUAUUACUCGUAAAACAUUCUUACACUCUAAAUAAUUGACAUGCGGAUGUUUUUCUGAAAACAUAUCUAUCUGCAGUAAACACUUCAUUAUUUGUAUCAAUUUUAUUUCUGAAUUAUUAAAACAUCGAGGCUCGAUAAUUAUGUUCAUGUCUUCAAUGUUUUCCUUCGAAUUAAGUGUAAUUCUUCUUCUUAGAGGAGAAUGAAUAACCAAACGAAGACCUGAAGAUGUGAACAUUCAUCAUAAUAAACAUUAUCAAAUAUUAUUUCUAUGAUUCACAAUUACUGUACUCGUAAUUCCUCCACAAAAUCUUUCAAUAGGUAAAUAGAUUGUAUUUAUUAUUUUAGAGUGUGAGUAAUUUCAAUAGUUAUCAAUUAUUAUAGAACAUACUUGACUCUCCUCUGUACCCUGAAUUACAUCAAAGCUCAUUCAUGGCUUUGGCUUUACUACAACUGUCAUAUAUAUUUGCGUUUCUCAUUCAUGUGGAACAGAGAAAUCCUCCUGAAUGUAAUCGAUUGCCCGCAAGUUUUGUGAUAUAUUAAUCAAAUUUAUUGAUAGAAUAAUUAUUCGUUUGUAAGAAUUCUAGUUAUCUCGUUCAAUAUUCUGUGAUAAAUGCUGCCGAGCAGUUCUGCUGUGCAUAAUCAAUUGAAAAAGGCUAAAUAUGUAUUUAGUCAGCCCACUACUAUUACUUAUUGAUCAUAUAUAAUAGUAAUAUUUGAAAAAUUGAUCUGGAAUCAUGUUCAUUGAUUAUCUAUAAUUAUUUAUUCUGUUCUGACUAUGAUAACUGAACUAAACUGUCUCAAUAUAAUGUAAUAGAUUUUUAAUUGUAGGCCUAUCAUCGUUUUAGUAGGAUUGGAAAAUUAAUUGUUCACACCUUUAAAAAUGUUACUUGAAGCAUUUAUAGAUUAUGGAAGUUCUGUUCAUCAUUUAGAUAUUGUUCCUAUGUUUUUACGAUUAAGAAGAGUCUGAUAAUGUUUCAUUGUAAGCAGCGUUGCAUGUGUAGGGCUACGUAUUGUGAUUUUCAUGUAAAUUUGACAACUACUGGAUCUGAAAAGCUGUUGAAUUAAAUGAUCAAAUGUUUCUUGUAAAUAAUAGUGCUGUCUAGUCUCUUAUUGGUAUUUUAGUAUGAACAACUCUCACUAGAUAAAAUUUUCAUUGCUAAUUGAAUAAAUUUCAUUGUUUAGAGGA